AUGGAUCCACACAACAAAGAACAGGAAAAACAGCCCGAAGAGCCUCGCUUCCUCAACUUCCCAAACUCCAAGCCAGGAUCAGGACUGAACAAAUACAGCUCUACUUUGACUCGCGAACAUGACUUCCCGGCAGCCCAGGCGAUGCUGUACGCCGCUGGAGUUCCGAACGAACACCAGCUCAAGAACUACCCGCAGGUCGGGGUGGCCAGCGUGUGGUGGGAAGGGAACCCAUGCAAUACUCAUCUACUGGACAUAGCCAAGGAGACGAAAGCUGCUAUCCUCAAGCAAGAUAUGCUUGCGUGGCAGUACAACACUAUCGGCGUCUCGGAUGGCAUUACGAUGGGUGGCGAGGGGAUGCGGUUCAGUCUUCAGUCGAGAGAGCUUAUUGCGGACUCUAUUGAGACUGUGACUUGUGCUCAAUUUCAUGAUGCUUGUAUUACGAUCCCUGGUUGCGACAAAAACAUGCCUGGUGUCGUGAUGGGGAUGGCGAGGCAUAACCGCCCCAGCAUCAUGAUUUAUGGUGGUUCGAUUCUUCCUGGCCACUCGAACUUGCUGGAAAAGGACAUCAACAUCGCAACAGUUCUAGAAGCUCACGGGUCUUACAUCUACAACAGCCUCAAGAACCCGAACAAGCCCGAGCAAACCAAAGAGGAACUCAUCACCGACUUCGAGAAGAACGCAUGUCCAGGCCAAGGAGCGUGUGGCGGCAUGUACACAGCCAACACCCUCGCAACCGCCAUCGAAACACUCGGCCUCACAGUCCCCGGCUCUUCGUCCACACCAGCAGCAAGCCCGGCCAAGAUGCGCGAAACGCAAAAAGUAGCCGAAUGCAUCAAAAUCUGCAUGGAAAAGGAAAUCCUCCCGCGCCAAUGCCUCUCCCGCGCAGCGUUCGAAAACGCCAUGGUCAUGAUGAUGGCCCUCGGCGGCUCCACAAACGGCGUCCUGCACCUCCUCGCCAUGGCCGGCACAGCAGGCGUCGACCUCACCCUCGACGACUUCCAGCGCUGCAGCGACCGCAUACCCUUCAUCGCCGACCUCGCCCCGAGCGGCAAGUACCUGAUGAAAGACCUCUACGAAAUCGGCGGCAUCCCGUCCGUGCACAAAUUCCUCAUCGCCGCCGGCCUGCUCGACGGCAGCACCAUCACCAUCACGGGCCGAACCCUUGCGCAAAACGUGGAGUCCUGGCCUUCGCUGAAGCAGGGGCAGGAAAUGAUCAAAUCCCUCGACAACCCCAUCAAGAGAACGGGCCACAUCGAAGUCCUCUACGGCAACCUCGCGCCCGGCGGCUCCGUAGCCAAGAUCACGGGAAAAGAAGGCAUGAGCUUCACGGGCAAAGCGAGAGUUUUCGAAAAGGAACACGAACUCGACGACGCGCUGAACAAAGGCCUGAUCCCGCGCGGCGAGAACCUCGUCCUCGUGGUGCGGUAUGAGGGGCCGAAAGGCGGGCCGGGCAUGCCGGAGCAGUUGAAGGCUUCCGCGGCGAUUAUGGGCGCGAAGUUGACGAACGUGGCGUUGAUAACCGAUGGGAGAUACUCCGGUGCUUCGCACGGGUUCAUCGUGGGGCAUAUUGUUCCCGAGGCGGCGGUGGGGGGGCCGAUUGCUGUGGUGAGGGAUGGGGAUGUGAUUACGAUUGAUGCGGCGAAGCAUGAGAUUAGCUUUGAUGUGGGCGAGGAGGAGGUGAAGAGGCGGUUGCGGGCGUGGAAGCCGCCGGCGAUGCCGGUGACGAGGGGGACGUUGGCGAAGUAUGCGAGGCUUGUUGGGGAUGCUAGUCAUGGGGCUGUGACGGAUUUGUUCUGA